UUUGAAUUCCCAAUGCCGACGGCACCGACUAACAACAGAAGUCGAUUGUCCUCGGUCAGCUAUCCGAGUCUCCGUCGCCGAUCUUCAGGUACUUAACUCGGGUUCGAGCUGGAUCAGGAAGGUGCGGUCAUUAUCAUCGAGCUCUCGUCCUUGAUAAGGUGGGCAUCUCCUUUCCUCUACAUGAAAACAUUUGCAGCAGAAACCAGCCUCGAGCCUCGUCUCAACAACAUCAUAAGCGUCAUGUAAGUAAACACGUACAACACCUUCGCCAGUGGCCUUCACACCCACCGACCACGAGUAGCUGGACGGGCAUUCUAGCUCCCAUCAACAGCCAGAAUGCACGCACUUCGCCCUCUCUUGCUGUCCCUCAUCUCCUUCACAUCAUUCACUUUCGCUCAAUCCCUUCCCAUCGACGUCCGCGAGGCUACAAUCUCCUCUCUCCACAGCUCUCUGUUCUCCGGAGUCACAACCUGCCGAGACGUCGUGAGCGCUUUCAUCGCCCGCGUCGAACGCUUCAACUCCGACAUCAACGCCAUCAUAACCCUCAACCCCGACGUCCUCCAGAUCGCCGACUCCCUCGACGUGUCCCUCUCAACAGGAAACGCCACAGGCGCCUUAUUCUGCAUCCCCAUCCUCUUAAAGGACAACUACGAUGCAACUCCGAUGCCCUCAACAGCCGGUUGUCUGGCCCUCAACUCAUCCACGCCCACGCACGACGCACCCACCGUUGCCGCCCUCCGCCGCGCCGGCGCCGUCAUUCUCGGCAAAUCGAACCUCCACGAACUCGCUCUCGAAGGCCUCUCCGUCUCCAGUCUCGGCGGCCAAACCCUCAACCCAUACGAUUUCAACCGCACCCCAGGCGGCAGUUCCGGUGGCACUGGUGCAGCCAUAGCAGCUUCAUUUGCCGUGUUCGGCACCGGCACCGACACAGUAAACUCUCUGCGCUCCCCGGCGAGCGCCAACUCGCUCUUCUCCUUCCGACCCACGCGCGGCCUGAUUUCACGGUCCGGCGUGAUCCCAAUCUCCUACACCCAAGACACCGUCGGCGCGAUCGGCCGGUGCCUAUACGACAUCGCCACGGCUCUGACCGUGAUGUCCAGCGUCGGCUACGACUCCCUCGACAACGCCACAUCCGCCAUCCCGCCAUCCACCAUCGGCACAGACUACACAUCUUUCCUCUCCUCCUCCACCAGCACUUCCAGCCUCUCCAGCCUCUCCACCAUCAGAAUCGGCGUGCUCGAAGGCUUCUUCAAUCGCACAUCCACCAACGAAACCAGCCCCGUCAACGCGGCCAUGUCGACCAUCCUGUCACUCCUGCAGACCGCCGGCGCCACCAUAGUCAACAUCACCGACACAACCACGUACAACGCCACGGCCAUCUCCUCAGCCAUGGACGUCCAACAACUCGAAUACCGCGAAAGUCUAACCGCAUACCUCUCCUCGCCCAACCUAAAAGGCGCCCGACCGCUCAGCAUGCCGGAACUAUACACGACCAACCUCACCACUCCAGAAUUCCUCGUCAUCCCAUCCCAAUACAGCUACGUCGAGACCGCGCUACGCUCGUCGACGGGCAAUGCGAGCUACUUCACCAGGCAGUCCAUGAUCGCCAACCUGACACGCACUCUCCAUUCGACCUUCCUCGCGCACAACCUCGACGCGAUCAUAUACCCGGAGCAGAAGAACCUAGUUGUCCCCGUCGGCUCGCCCAGCCAGUCCGGACGAAACGGCAUCCUCGCCGCCUUGACGGGCAGUCCCGUUAUAACGAUCCCCAUUGGAUUCUCGCCGGCGACAUCUUCCGCGCCCAUCGGGAUCCCAAUUGGCAUGGAGAUUCUCGGACUACCCUGGUCCGAAGGCACGCUGUUACAGCUGGCCAAGAGUAUAGAUGACCGGCUACACGCGCGCAAGAUGCCCGUAACCAACGGGUUGAACGAGACGGUUGAAGUUACCACUUCCUAUGUGACGGUGCCCGAGGUGACGCUGUUGAGGAAUAUACCUGCUGCAUAUCCUUUGGGCGUGUAUUGAAGGGGACAUGGUGCGUGGUCACUUAUUUUAGAGAGAUCAACCAGAAAAU